CAGAACCAAUCCGCAUUUGUUUACUUCCGGAUUCUCACGUUGGGUAGAAUUUGUUAAAAUUUAUCUGGCUUUGUUAAUGACUCACAGAUUCCUGUUGAUGAGUGGACAGUUCAUGAUCAGUAUUCAAUCAAAGCAAUAGAAUCAAAAAUGAAGAGAAACAUGCCUGGUGAAACAAAAGUAAAGUACAAGAGGAUGAGUAGGAGUAAAGAUGACUUUUUAGAUAUACAGUUUGAGAAACCACCACCAAAGUUUCCAACAAAAGCUAUAUUAUUGUCUGUUGUAUUGUUUGUACUUGGAAGUAUCCUCCUAGUUAUUGGCUCCCUGCUCAUGACUGGAUAUAUUGAUGCCAAGUAUGGUGAUAGAACAUGGCCUGUGUUGAUUCUAGGCUCUAUAAUGUUCAUUCCUGGAUUCUACCAUGUCAGGAUUGCAUACUACGCUUAUCAGGGAUAUGCAGGCUACUCGUAUGAUGACAUUCCAGAAUUUGAAUGAUGUGCUGAAUAUGGAACUACUUUUCUUAAAAUCCUUACACCUGCUGAAUUUCUGUAUAAUGGACAUGUUUUGGGUUCAAUUUUAAUAACCUAUUGUGUAGCAUUAGAAAGAAAUGCACUAUCAAGUUGAUAAAUUUUAAUUUACCAGAAAAUGUCUGAUUAGACAUCAUUAAGGUAAAUCACUUUUACCGGGACAUAAAUCAUCUCCGGGACAGACACCUUAUUUCAGGGACAAUCCCGGACGUCCGGGAUGUUAUGGCAUGUAUGGCUAUUUACGGACUCAUUUCUUUGGUGGUGGUAUAGGCCUACUGUUAUUUUGACUUACAGCAUUUAGAGGUGUUUUUUUCUAUAUUUGUUAUAUAGUUUAUUUGUAUAUUUUGCAAAAUUCAAGUUAUUUUCAUUAUUUUUACAUUAUUUAAACUUGAAUUUGGUGACCAGUCUGUCUUACUUGCAGUUUCAUUAGUUGGUUGUUGGAAUAUACUGUGUACUUUGCUCUGACCAAUGAAAAGGCUUUAGAGAAGACUGGUUACCAAAUUACAUUUUGAAUAAUCUGGAAAAACGGGAGAAAUGAUCACUGUACAUCAUUAUUUUACUAUCUUACUGUUGCCUUAUUUUUGUCAUUUACUUCAUUCUAUUUCUAAAAUUAACAGGGUUAUAAGCAUUUAAGUCUUUUAGAAAAUCUAGGCCUAAAUCUUUUCGAAAAUCUAGGCCUAAAUAGAAAAUUCUUGAUUGUAUAUAAGUCUUUGAAAAAUUCAUACAAUGAUAUUAAAAUGUGCCAUCUUAUAUAAUGCUAUCGCACAUUCAUUUUCAUUGUAUUUGCAAACACUUUAAGUGACAUAAUGCCCAUCUAUGUGUAAUUGGUCAGUAUGCAGAUAAAAGAAAAAAAGCUUAAAAUUUUGUCAGAAUUGUUUUUAAUUUUGUAUUGUACCUGUAAGUGUAACAUUCAAUUGAUAAAAAGGGUGGGGCAGUCUUUUUAUAUUUUAGGCAGUCCUACACAUUUCUUAUUAUGAAUUUAUGGUCAAAGAUCAUUAUUAUAGUCAAUCUUUUUGAAGUGUAUACAAUGUAACUAAUAAAGCUCAGUUUGACCACAUAAAAAUGGGCAUAAUUUCACUUUAACCUCUGAUUUUAUCUAUUGAACAAGUCUUAUCAUUCAUUAGUUGUUAUUUUUUCAAAUUUAUAAUAUUUUAUAUGUGAGGUUUUUUUUAUUCAUUAUAGUUGUGCAAUAUAUUUGUUGUUAGCUUUAAAACAGUUCUUUUCUGUAUAAUUAUACAUGUAUAUCUUGUUCCUAGAGAUGUCAUCAAUAGAAAGUAUAUUGAUAUAUUGUUGUUUCAUGUAUUUUCUGUAUAUGUUCAGGGAUUUUAAUUUGAUGAUUGAAUUGCUUCUGUACUUUUAAAUAUAAGGAAUAUUGCUGUUUGAAUAAGUGAACAACCGGUUUGCUAGACAAGACAAAUUUUUAUUUGUAGAUAAUAAAUAAUAAAUACCUUUAUAUCAAGUAUUUUUAUUUCUGUUCUGUAAGUAGGGUUUUGUUGUUUUGCUGUUCUAUAUUUGUAAACUAGGUUUUGUUGUUCUGAAAGAUGGAUUUUGUGUCAACUGGGGUUUGCUGUUCUAUGAAUUGGAUUUUGUUGUUCUUUUUCAGUACACUAGGUUUUCUUGUUCUGUAAGUUGAAUUUUGUGUAAACUAGGUUUUGUUGUUUUAUGAAUUAGAUUUUGUUGUUCUGUACCGGUAAACUAGGGUUUGUUGUUCUCUCAGUUGAAUUUGUUGUUCAAUAAUUUGGAUUCUGUUGUUCAAAACCAGUAAAUACUAGGGUUUUCUUGUUCUGACAGCUUGAGUUACCUGAUUCUGUUAUUUAGGUCAAAUUUUUGUGUUUAAGUUGUUUGACCCUCUUGUUUUGUAAGUCAGAUUUUAGAUUUUUUUCUAUAAGUUAAGUAUAUCUCUUUGAUUUUUGCUGUUCUAUUCCUGUCGGUGGUAUUUUAAUGUUCUUUAAGUUAAAUUUUGUUUUAUAGGCAUGAAUAACAUCAAUUCAGUUUAUACAUAAUAUGAUAAUUUCCUGAUUCAAAUUUGUUCUCUUUGAAAAAAAUGAAAAUGUUUUGAUCAUCGACAUUGUGAGAUACCUGUGUCUAAUUUGAAAUGAAUUAAUCUAGCUUUUAUCCUAACAUUCAUUGUAUCUACAAAACGAGUACAUAUACUUUGUGAUAAUGUCCAUGGACUUUAUUAUUUUUCAAGGAAGUGUAACUUUAAUGUUAAGAGUUGUAUGAAUGUAUAUUGUAUUUAGAGUCUCAGAUUUUUUCAAAAUAUAUUUGCUAUUUAUUGAUUGCUUGUAUGAUAUGUGAAUAAAGGGAAAUAAAUGUAUGAUACUUUGA